AUGACAAUAAAAUGGGUGCCACCUCAGUCUGAUGGUGGCAAUAAAAUUAUCACUUACAUCAUUGAGAAGAAAGAGCAGUAUAAAACACGAUGGGAACAAGUUAAUGAUUACACAGUGAUUGAAACAGUAUUCACUGUCAGAAAUCUAAAGGAAGGUAAUGAGUAUGAGUUCAGAGUACUUGCUGAGAACCAAGCAGGUACUAGCAAACCCAGUGAGUCAUCAGAACCAAGGAUUGCAAAACCACCAUAUGAUUUACCUGGAGCACCAAUGACUCCUGAAGUGAGCGAUGUCAAUGCAACACACAUGACUGUUACAUGGAGACCACCCAGGAAUGAUGGAGGAAGUCCAAUCAUUGGUUACAUCAUUGAAAGAAAAGAUACCAGCAGUAACAGAUGGAUUAAAUCUAACAGAGAUACUGUCUCUGAUAUGAGAUUCACUGUGCGAGAUCUUGUAGAAGGAUCUGAGUAUGAAUUUAGAGUUUCUGCUGAAAACAAAGCUGGUGUUGGACCUCCUAGUGAACCAUCAGAUAGAAGAAAAGCGAAACCUCCAUAUGAUGCACCGGAUGCUCCAAGUAAACCACAGGUUUCAGACAUCACUGCCACUACCAUGAAUUUGACCUGGAAACCCCCUCACAAUGAUGGUGGGUCACCUGUCACUGGAUAUAUUGUUGAAAAACGAGAGAAGUUCUCCACAAGGUGGGACAAAGCCAAUAGAUACAAUGUGACAGAUACACAGUUCAAAGUUACUGAUUUAAAACAGGGCAAGGAAUAUGAAUUUAGAGUCACUGCAGAAAACAAAGCAGGUGUUGGAAAACCAAGUGACCCUUCAGAAUCAAGGAUUGCCAAGCCACCAUAUGAUGUGCCAGGCCCACCAGGUACUCCUAAAGUAUCUGACGUUAAUGCUACAUCCAUGAAGCUGACCUGGACACCACCUCAGGAUGAUGGUGGUUCUCCUGUAACCGGAUACUAUAUCGAAAAGAAGGAACAAUUCUCUGCAAGAUGGGCACGUGUCAACACAAUGCCUGUGACAGACAUCAGUUACAGUGUUGAAAGACUCACUGAAGGCUCACCAUAUGAAUUCAGAAUAUGUGCGGAGAACAAAGCUGGUGUUGGCAAACCAAGUGAUUCAACUGGACCACACACAGCCAAGGCACCAUACACUGUUCCUGAUGCUCCCGGAAAGCCCAAAGUAAUGGAAGUCCAAGCUACAUCCAUGACCAUCAAGUGGAUGGAACCAGAAUCUGAUGGGGGAAGUAAAAUCACCAAUUAUGUUGUUGAAAGGAAAGAUGAAUUCUCCUCCAGAUGGAGUAAAGUUUUUACAGAUGAGAAAUCACUUGAUACAGCAUUUACUGUCACUGGUCUCAAUGAAGGAUCUAACUAUCAGUUCCGAGUUGCUGCUGAAAACAAAGCUGGUGUUGGCAAAUACAGUGAACCAUCAGAUAUUAAGACUGCCAAGCCACCAUAUGGUCUGCCUGAUGCUCCUGGUAAGCCAGUUGUCUCUGACAUUGAUGCUACCAAGAUGACUCUGAACUGGACUCCACCUUUGGAUGAUGGUGGUGCACCUGUUAAAGGAUAUAUCAUUGAGAAGAAAGAAGGAUUCUCAUCACUCUGGACUAAAGUCAAUAGAUUUGAUGUGACAGAAACAACAUACACCGUAACUGACCUGAAGGAAAAAUCUGAAUAUCAAUUCCGAAUUGCUGCUGAGAACAAAGCUGGUGUUGGCAAAUAUAGUGAACCAUCAGAUCCUAAAGUUGCCAAACCACCAUAUGAUGUUCCAGGUCCACCAGGUACCCCAAAAGUAUCUGACGUUGCUGCUACAUCCAUGAAACUGACUUGGACAGCACCGGAAGAUGAUGGUGGUUCUCCUGUGACCGGAUAUGUUGUGGAAGUUAAAGAACAGUUUGCAUUCCGAUGGUCCAGAGUCAACAAAUUCACCAUAACAGAUUUACACAUGACUGUUAAAGAUCUGAAAGAAAACUCAGUUUAUGAAUUCAGAGUAUGUGCUGAGAACAAAGCUGGUGUUGGUAAACCAAGCCAAUCUACAGGACCACACACAGCCAAGGCACCAUACACUGUUCCUGAUGCACCCGGCAAACCUAAGGUAACUGAAGUACAGGCAACAAGUAUGACGGUGAAAUGGACAGAGCCAGAAUCUGAUGGUGGAGCAAGAAUCACCAACUACGUCAUUGAGAAGAAAGAAGAGUUCAGCACAAGAUGGGGAAAGAUUCAUCUUGAUGAACCAAUUGUGGACACAAGCUGUAUAGUUCCUGGUUUAACAGAAGGCACUGACUAUCAAUACCAUGUUGCUGCUGAGAACAAAGCUGGCAUUGGCAAAUAUAGUGAACCAUCUGAUACUAAGACUGCCAAACAUCCAUAUGGCCUGCCUGAUGCUCCUGGUAAGCCAGUUGUCUCUGACAUUGAUGCUACCAAGAUGACUCUGAACUGGACUCCACCUUUGGAUGAUGGUGGUGCACCUGUUAAGGGAUAUAUCAUUGAAAAGAAAGAAGGAUUCUCAACUUUUUGGAACAAGGUCAAUAGAUUUGAUGUCUCAGAUACAAAAUAUACAGUCACUGAUCUGAAAGAAGGCACUGAAUACCAAUUCCGAGUUGCUGCUGAGAACAAAGCUGGUGUUGGCAAAUACAGUGAACCAUCAGAUCCAAGGAUUGCCAAACCACCAUAUGAUGUUCCAGGUCCACCAGGUACCCCAAAAGUAUCUGACGUUGCUGCUACAUCCAUGAAACUGACAUGGACAGCACCGGAAGAUGAUGGUGGUUCUCCUGUAACCGGAUAUGUUGUGGAAGUUAAAGAACAGUUUGCAUUCCGAUGGUCCAGAGUCAACAAGUUCACCAUAACAGAUUUACAUAUGACUGUUAAAGAUCUGAAAGAAAACUCAGUUUAUGAAUUCAGAGUAUGUGCAGAGAACAAAGCUGGUGUUGGUAAACCAAGCCAAUCUACGGGACCACAAACAGCCAAGGCACCAUACACUGUACCAGAUGCACCUGGUAAACCUAAAGUAAUGGAAGUCCAGGCAUCAACUAUGACACUGAAAUGGACAGAACCAGAUUCUGAUGGAGGUGCUAGAAUUACUCAUUACAUCAUUGAACGAAAAGAACAAUUUGGCACACGCUGGUCCAAGGUGUACACUGAUGAAACAAUUGUGGAUACUGCUUUUAUUGUUACUGGACUCACUGAGGGCUCAGAAUAUCAAUUCCGUGUUGCUGCUGAAAACAAAGCUGGUGUUGGCAAAUAUAGUGAGCCAUCAGAUCCUAAAGUUGCCAAACCACCAUAUGGUCUACCUGAUGCUCCUGGUAAGCCAGUUGUCUCUGACAUUGAUGCUACCAAGAUGACUCUGAACUGGACUCCACCUUUGGAUGAUGGUGGUGCACCUGUUAAGGGAUAUAUCAUUGAAAAGAAAGAAGGAUUCUCAACUUUCUGGAACAAAGUAAACAAAUUAGAUGUUACUGAUACAACAUUCACAGUGACUGACCUAAAGGAAAAAUCAGAAUACCAAUUCCGAAUUGCUGCUGAGAACAAAGCUGGUGUUGGCAAAUACAGUGAACCAUCAGAUACUAAGACAGCCAAGCCACCAUAUGAUGUACCAGGUCCACCAGGCACUCCGAAGGUAUCAGAAAUUACAGCUACAUCCAUGAAACUGACCUGGACAACACCACAUAAUGAUGGUGGGUCUCCUAUAACCGGAUAUGUUGUUGAGCGUAAAGAUCAGUACGGAACAAGAUGGACUCACAUUAACAAGUUCUCCAUCCCAGAUCUACACUUGACUGUUCAAGACUUGAAGGAAAAUUCUGUAUAUGAGUUCCGUGUCUGUGCUGAGAACAAAGCUGGUGUUGGUCAACCAAGCCAAUCCACUGGACCACAUACAGCUAAGGCACCUUAUGAUCUACCAAGUGCCCCUGGUAAACCACUUGUAUCUGGUAUCACUGCAACUACUAUGACCAUUAAAUGGACAGAACCAGAAUCUGAUGGAGGAGCUAAGAUCACCAACUAUGUCAUUGAGAAGAAAGAAGAUUUCAGUACAAGAUGGACAAAAUUGUACACAGACAAAUUAGCUGAUACUGAAUACACAGUGACUGGUCUGAAAGAGAAAUCAGAAUACCAAUUCCGUGUUGCUGCUGAGAACAAAGCUGGUGUUGGCAAAUACAGUGAACCAUCAGAUCCUAAAGUUGCCAAACCACCAUAUGAUGUUCCCGGAGCUCCUGACAAGCCCAGUACAUCUGAUGUGACUGCUACUAGUAUGACUGUUAGCUGGUAUCCACCUGAUAAUGACGGUGGUUCACCUGUAACUGGAUACUUUGUAGAAAGAAAAGAACAAUUCUCAACGAUGUGGACUAGAGUUAAUACAUAUUCAGUGAAAGAGACAUCUUUGAACGUUUCUCAAUUGAAGGAAGGCUCUGAUUAUCAAUUCCGUGUAAUUGCUGAGAAUAAGGCUGGUCCUGGUAAACCAAGUGAACCAAGCGAACCAAGAAAAGCCAAACCACCAUAUGAUCUUCCUGGUGCACCAAAUCAACCUGAUGUUACCAAGAUUGAUGCAACUCACAUGACACUUACAUGGAGACCACCAUACUCUGAUGGCGGCAGUCCUAUUACUUCAUACAUUAUUGAGAAGUUUGAUGUAACUAGGCGAAGAUGGACUAAAGCGCAUCAUGGGAAAAUCACUGAAACUACACAUACAGUGACCGAGCUGACAGAACACACCGAAUAUCAGUUUAGAGUGGCUGCAGAGAACAAAGCAGGAAUGGGACCAUUCAGUGAGCCUAGCGAUAAGAAACUAGCUAAGCCACCUUAUGGUCCUCCAGGUAAACCAAAGGUUUCAUCCGUAGAAGCUACUGCAAUGACACUCACCUGGUCUGAGCCAUCAUCUGAUGGUGGAGCAAGAAUCAUCAGUUAUGUCAUCGAGAAGAAAGAAAAAUUCAGUUCUCGCUGGGUAAGACUUACCAAAGACACUAUCCCAGACACCACCUACAGAGUCACUGGAUUGACCGAAGGUACCGAAUAUGAAUUCAGAGUUGCUGCUGAGAACAAAGCUGGGGUUGGUAAACCAAGUGAACCAUCGGAUCCAAGGAUUGCCAAACCACCAUAUGACAAACCUGGCGCACCUGGAAAACCAACUUUGUUUGAUGUAACUGAUAUAGCCAUGAGCUUGAAAUGGACUCCACCUACAGAUGACGGAGGCAGUCCAGUUUUCAACUAUAUCAUUGAAAGAAGAGAAAAGUUCACAACUAGAUGGUCUCGAAUCAGCAAUGUUACAGUGUCUGAUACAACAUUCACAGCAACAGGAUUACAAAAAGGCAAUGAAUAUGAAUUCAGAGUGAGUGCCGAAAACAAAGCAGGAGUUGGUCCACCCAGUGAUUCAUCUGGCCCAAGGAUCGCUAAACCACCAUAUGAUUCACCAGAUUCACCAGGUGCACCAGACAUAGUUGAUGCUAAGCCUUCAUCUUUAACUCUGAAAUGGACUCCUCCAAAGGAUGAUGGUGGAACGCCAAUCACUGGAUACAUGGUUGAAAAGAAAGAAAAAUUCAGCUCUCGCUGGGUGAAAGAAAAUAUUACACCAGUCAAAGAAACAACAUACCAAGUCUCGGGACUGACUGAAGGUAAAGACUAUGAAUUCCGUAUUCUAGCAGAGAACAAAGCUGGAUCAGGAAAGCCUAGCUUCCCAGCCACCUUAAAGAUUUCUGUACCAGAGGCACCAGAAAGACCAGAAGUUAUUGAAGUCACUGAGUCAUCAGCCAGUAUGAAAUGGGCAGCACCAGAGUAUGAUGGAGGUGCUAGAAUAACUGGCUACAUUGUGGAGAAGCGAGAAACCAGUAAAGAUCACUGGACAAGAGUGAACCGUACACCAGUGAAAGAGACUUUUGUAUCUGCUGCUGAUUUAAUACGAGGAGCUGAAUAUGAGUUCCGUGUUUCCGCAGAAAAUAAGGCUGGAAUCAGUGAACCAAGCAAACCAUCUCGACCUGUGGUUGUGAAACCACCAUAUGAUGUUCCUGAGGCUCCAAAUAAGCCUGAUGUAUACAACGUUACUAAGAAGUCUGUGACACUCACAUGGAACCCACCUCUCUCUGAUGGUGGUAGUCCAAUAUCUCAGUACAUUCUUCAAAUGAAAGAACAGUUUUCCAUGCGAUGGACUGUAAAAGCCAGAGUUCCUGAUGCUAAAUAUGUUGUGACUGAUAUGAAAGAAGGGUCUGUUUAUGAAUUCAAAGUGUCUGCUGAGAACAAAGCUGGUGUUGGUCCAGCUAGUCCAUCAGUGACUGUCACUGCUAAAGAUCCUUACGUCAGGUUCUUAGCCUCUUUUCCUAUCAUCCAACUAGAUGUUCCAGGGGCUCCUGAUGUUCCUCGUGUUACUGAAGUCACUCAUCAUUCAGUAAAUUUACAAUGGAAUCCCCCUACAUCUGAUGGUGGUGCUCCUAUUAUUAGCUAUUUGGUGGAAAAGAAACAGAAGUUCAGCACUAAAUGGGUCCCAGCAACACGUGAGAAAGUCCCAGACUUGACAUGCACUGUUAGCAAUCUCGAACAGAUGACUGAGUAUCAGUUCAGAGUUGCUGCAGUGAACAAAGCAGGUGUUGGUAAACCAAGUGAGCCAACAAAAGCAGUUCUUACUAAGGCUGCUCAUGGUAUUGCUUUGUCUUUUGUCUUCAAAAUCUUUCUUUUUAUCUUUCAUCCCCUUCAUCUCACUGUAGAAGUCCCAGACGCCCCUGGUAAACCUUCUGUCUCUGACAUCACCGCUACGUCAAUGACCCUCAAAUGGACACCCCCUGAAAAAGACGGUGGUAGUCCCGUUACAGGCUACAUCAUUCAGAAGAAAGAUCAGUUCAGCUCCAGAUGGGAAAAAGUCAAUCUAUACAAAAUCACUGAGACCACCUUUGUUGUUGAGAGUCUCAGAGAGGGUAGCACAUAUGAGUUUAGAGUGUGUGCUGAGAACAAAGUGGGUGUAGGCAAACCAAGUGAUGCAACUGAUUCUAAGGUUGCUAAACCACCAUAUGACUUACCUGGUGCCCCUGGCAGACCAGAUGUGACUGAUUCACAUGCCACAACUAUCAGUAUCUCAUGGAAACCACCUAGAAAUGAUGGUGGAAGUCCCAUUAUUGGAUAUAUCAUUGAAAGGAAGGAUACAAGCACAUCAAGAUGGAUUAGAUGUAAUAGAGAUGCACUACCUGAUCUUCACUUCAUGAUUAAAGAUCUAUUUGAAGGAAGCGAGUAUGAGUUUAGAGUCAGUGCUGAGAACAAAGCUGGUGUUGGACCACCAAGUGAGCCAUCUGACCCAAGAAAGGCCAAACCACCAUAUGGUGUACCUGAUGCUCCUGGUAAACCCAACAUUACAGAUGUUACAUCAACAACUGUUACCCUCAACUGGAGAGCUCCACUCUCAGAUGGAGGUGCUCUCAUUACAAGCUAUGUAAUUGAAAAGAGGGAGAAAUUCUCAACUCGAUGGGUCAAAACAAAUAAAUUUGCCGUGACAGAAACAUCAUUUAAAGUAACAGAUCUAAAACAUGGAACUGAAUAUGAAUUCCGUGUUGCUGCAGAAAACAAAGCAGGUGUUGGAAAACCAAGUGAACCAGCUGGCCCGGUCAUUGCCAAACCACCAUACGAUGUACCUGGUCCACCUGGCACACCUGAUGUAUCUGAUACUACAUCAACAUCAAUGACACUAACCUGGACACCACCUAGAGUUGAUGGUGGUUCUCCUGUAACUGGAUAUAUCAUUGAAGUCAAAGAGCAAUUCAGCACCAGAUGGGCAAAAGUCAACAAGAUGAGCAUACCAGAUCUUUCUUUCACUGUUGGUAAUCUGAAGCAGAAUUCUGUCUAUGAGUUCCGAGUGGCUGCUGAGAACAAAGCUGGAAUUGGUAAACCUAGUGAUUCCACUGGUCCACAUACAGCCAAGCCGCCAUUCAAUGUACCAGACGCACCUGGGAAACCUAAGAUAACAUCUGUGACUGCAACAACCAUGACCAUCAAUUGGUCUCCACCAUUAUCUGAUGGUGGCAGCAGGAUAACUAAUUAUGUUAUUGAAAAGAAAGAACCAUUUGGUCUGAGAUGGGCUCCAGUCAGUAGAGAUGAGAAUGUUACGGAAAUGACUUACACUGUUCAUGAUCUGAUUGAAGGAUCUGAAUAUCAAUUCCGAGUAGCAGCUCAAAAUAAAGCUGGAAGUGGUAAAUUCAGUGAACCAUCUGAUGUCAGACAAGCUAAACCACCAUAUGGCGUACCAGGUUCUCCUGGUAAACCAGUUGUCUCAGACAUCGAUGCUACCCAGAUGACGCUCAAUUGGACUCCACCUCAGAAGGACGGAGGCUCACCUGUCACAGGAUAUACAGUAGAAAAGAAAGAAAAACGUUCCAGUUUCUGGACCAAGGCCAACAGAUUUGAUGUUAAGGAUACAAGAUUUACAGUGACUGACUUAAAACAAGGAUCUGAAUACGAGUUCAGAGUUGCCGCUGAGAACAAAGCUGGUGUUGGCAAAUACAGCGAACCAUCUGACUCAAGAAUUGCCAAGAUGCCAUUUGAUGUACCAGGACCACCAGGUAUUCCUAAAGUGUCUGAAAUUACUGCAACCUCAAUGAAACUUAACUGGACACCACCUGAAAAUGACGGCGGUUCACCAGUAACUGGAUACUUUGUAGAAGUAAAAGAACAAUUUACAUACAGAUGGUCCAGACUAAACCAGUUCCGUGUACCAGACUUGCAUUUGACUGUUCAAGAUUUGAAGGAAAAUUCUGUGUAUGAAUUCCGUGUCUGUGCUGAGAACAAAGCUGGUGUUGGUCAACCAAGCCAUUCCAGUGGUCCAUUCACAGCUAAACCACCAUAUGAUGUGCCCGGACCUCCAUCAGCACCUAAAGUGGUGGAUACAACAGCCACAACCGUGACAAUUAGAUGGACUGAACCAGAAUAUGAUGGUGGUAACCGUAUCACAAACUACAUCAUUGAGAAGAAGGAAGAGUUUUCAACGAGAUGGAUCAAGGUGGCAACUGAUGCCAAUAUUAUGGAUACUCACUAUUCAAUCACUGGACUCACUCAAGGGUCUGUAUAUCAUUUCCGAGUUGCAGCUGAAAACAAAGCGGGUAUUGGUAUAUAUAGUGAACCAUCAGAUCUUGUAAAGGCCAAACCACCAUAUGAUGUACCUGGCCCACCUGACAAGCCUAGAGUCACUAAAGUUGACAGCAAUGAAAUGAUCUUGACAUGGAUUUCACCAGCAAAGGAUGAUGGAAGCCCUAUUACGGGAUACAUCAUUGAAAAGAAAGAAGCAUUCUCAUCAUUUUGGUCCAAAGCUGCACAUUUAACAACACCAGAGACAAGUGCAACGUUAUCUGGACUCAGAGAAGGAACUGAAUACCAAUUCCGUGUUGCUGCUGAGAACAAAGCUGGUGUCGGCAAAUAUAGUGAACCAUCAGAUCCUAGGAUUGCCAAACCUCCAUAUGAUGUUCCUGGUGCACCAACCAAACCACGAGUGAUUGAAGUUGAUGCAACCUACAUGACGAUAUCCUGGGUACCACCAAAGUCUGAUGGUGGUAGUCCAGUCACUAACUAUAUUGUGGAGAAGUACGAUACCAGCCGAGGACGAUGGAGUAGAGCUCAUAGAGAGAAGAUCACCAAUGUCCAAUAUACUAUUACUGAACUUGUUGAAGGCACGGAAUACCAAUACAAAGUGGCUGCUGAAAACAAAGCGGGUGUUGGUCCAUUUAGUGAACCAAGUGAAAAAAUGAGAGCAAAACCACCAUAUGAUAUUCCAGGUCCACCAGGCAAACCUAAGAUUUCUGAUGUCAUUGCUACUGCUAUGACAUUAUCUUGGUCAGCUCCUCACACCGAUGGUGGGGCUGUGAUAACCAACUACAUUAUUGAACGAAGAGAGAAAUUCAGUACCAGAUGGAUCCGAGCUUGUCAUGCCGAUAUCAUGGACACCACAUACAGAGUUGCAGACUUGGUUGAACGCAGUGAAUACGAAUUCAGAGUGUCAGCGGAAAAUAAAGCAGGUGUUGGUCCACCAAGUGAACCGACUGCCCCACAUAUGGCAAAACCACCAUAUGAUAAACCUGAUACACCUAGUCAACCUGUGAUCUCUCAAGUAUCUGACAAAUCUAUGACUCUCAACUGGGAAGCACCACCAUCAGACGGUGGUUCUCCAAUAUUUAACUAUGUGGUUGAGAAGAAAGAUAAAUUUAGUGUCAAAUUUAUGAAAGUAAAUGAUUACAAUGUCAGUGAUACACAUCUCAUUGUGACUGGAUUGCAUAAAGGAAAUGAGUAUGAGUUCCGGGUCAGUGCUGAGAACAAAGCCGGUAUCAGUAAACCAAGUCCAUCUAGCAGACCUAUAUUAGCUAAACCACCAUAUGAUGUACCGGGUGCACCUGGUAUUCCAUCGAUGUCCGAUGUGAAGCCAACAUCCUUGCAUCUGACCUGGACAGCCCCUACUGAUGAUGGUGGAUCUCCUGUUACCGGAUAUAUCAUUGAAAAGAGAGAGAAAUUCGGCACCAGAUGGGUAAAGGAUAACAAAACACCUGUUCUUGAUGCCUCUUACACUGUAAGAGACUUGACAGAAGGAAGUGACUAUGAAUUCCGUGUAUUAGCUGUGAACAAAGCUGGUGCUGGCACACCUAGCAAUCCAGUGACUCUGAAACUAUCUGUUCCUGAGGCACCUGGAAUACCAACUGUGUAUGGUGUUAAGGCAACGCAGGCAACUGUACAGUGGACACCACCAGAAUCAGAUGGAGGAGCUAGAAUCACAGGGUAUUAUGUUGAAAGGCAUGAUACAAGCAAAGAGCGUUGGGUAAGAACCACAAGAACAUCUGUGAAAGAAACUGUACAGACAGUAACAGAACUGAUUAAAGGAGCUGAGUAUGAGUUUAGAGUGUCAGCUGAGAAUAAUGUUGGUGUUGGUGAACCAAGUAAACCAUCAAAACCAGUUAUUGCUAAGCCACCAUAUGAUAUUCCUGAUACUCCUGGAACACCAUUGGUGUCUAAUGUCUCAAAAAUGACCAUGACAUUAACUUGGGCUGCUCCCCACUCUGAUGGGGGUAGUGCUAUCACCAACUAUGUCAUUGACAAAAAAGAAAAAUUCAGCUCACGAUGGAUGCCAGCUGCUAGGACAACAGAUCUUGUCUACAAUGCCACUGAUCUGAGGGAAAACUCUGAAUACCAGUUCCGUGUUAGUGCCCAAAAUGCUGCAGGUAUUAGUGUUCCAAGCGAGCCUUCUAGACCAACUGUUGCUAAGGAUCCGUAUAGUAAGUGGACCACAAGACUCUCUGCAUGGCUCUUGGAGUGUGUGCAUCCUUACUCGUCACAUGAAGACUUGUCUGCAUGGUUCUUGUCAUUCCUACACCUCACAUUAGGUCUUCUGUUCUUUGUUUUAUAG